CUAGUAGUGGUAAAUAUUAAUAAUUUUCUGGAUGCGAGUAUCAAGCGAUGCUGUGUGCACGCAGAGCGUUUUGGGUGUUGAAGGGUCUUGCAGAGCAGGACUCUCUCGGGUAGAGUUUGUUCUUGGCAUGGGAAGCACCAUCUGCCCCGCCUGAACUGAGCAUGACGCAGUAAAAACAGUGGUUAGCUCAAAGGAUACGUUUAUUUUUUUAAAGGGGAAAAAGAGGGCAAAAGGGGAAAAAAGCAAUACAUCCCUGUGUCUCUGACACCCUCUUUGCACUGUGUCCUCUCCCCUCUUCAUCCCCAUUUGUGGGCACCCCACUUUCUGCCCUUGACCCACUGGAGGGUAUUAAAAGCCCUCUGCGACCCAUAAAUGCCCCUUCUCACGCACUUUACUCGAGGGAAGGGGCAUUUUGCGGCUGGUGUCAAGGCAGGCAUGCAGAAGGUGAGAAGGUGCUUCGUACCAAGUCCCAAAGUGCUUUCCUCCCUGCGGGGAGUCUGGGCAGGCACAGAGCGCGGUGUCUUGGUCGGGUGUCCAGGGUUAUGAAAAAACGGAUUCUUGCAUGAUUUUUCAUCGGUUUCACGACUGAUAUUCGUAGACUUUUGUAUGAACAUACUGUUCACAGGCUUCAGGCAGAAAUGACGGGAUUAUUUGAACAAGCAGGUCUCCUCCUGCGAGCAAGGUGCCUGGGGGUAGAAAUGAUCUGAGCAGACCUCUCGGGGUUAGACCCUGGGGGUCGGCAGAGCAGGGGAGGGCUGGUCUCUCCCUGCUGUUGGGGUUCCUGCUGGGGUACCCCUUCCCGGGAGCAGGGAGGAGGGUUUCCGUCCCCUGCACACAGCAGCACAGCAGGAUGGGGACGGUUCCCCUGGCGCUGCCCCCCAGCUGGGGGAUGACACCCUGGUCCCUUUCCCCCCCGGCACACAGACCCUGCGGGAUGUCCUCUCCCCCCACGGCUCUGCCUGCUCCUGCUUUGUCUCCUGUGUGAUGGCAGAACGUUGCUGUGGGAGCCGACAACCCCCGGGCGAUGCCCGGUGCAGCGCGGCACUGCCAGCACCGCAGGUCCUGGGGGGGCCGAUAAGGUGGCGCAGGAGGGUGGCACUGGUGGCACUUUGCUGGCGUGUUCUCUCCCUGUUGCAUGUGCCCAGGCAGUGUCCAACUGGAUUUAUCACCAUGCUCCAGCACACCAGCCCGUGGGCACUAGAUUUUCUUGAGAAAAGGCAGAUGUAGGCAACUCAUCUAAUAAUGAAGAUUAUUCAUCCCUAUUCCAUUGAUAAAGUCCACAACUAAAGGGAGAAAGAGAUAUUAUCAGGCUGAAAAGCUCCCUCAGUCCCAACAUCCAGCUCUGGGGCCUCAGCACAGGAGAGACACGGAGCUGUUGCAGCGGGGCCAGAGGAGGCCCCAGAGAUGCUGGGAGGGCUGGAGCCCCUCUGCUGGGAGGACAGGCUGAGAGAGUUGGGGGGGUUCAGCCUGGAGAAGAGAAGGCUCCGCGAAGACCUUGGAGCCCCUUCCAGUCCCUCAAGGGGCUCCAGGAAAGCUGGGGAGGGACUCUGGAUGAGGGAGGGGAGCCAUGGGACGAGGGGGAAGGGGUUUCCACUGCAAGAGGGGAGACUGAGCUGAGAUCUCGGGCAGAAAUUCUUGGCUGUGAGGGCGGUGAGCCCCUGGCCCAGGUUGCCCAGAGAAGCUGUGGCUGCCCCAUCCCUGGAGGGGUUCAAGGCCAGGUUGGCCGGGGCUUGGAGCAAGCUGGGCUGGUGGGAGGUGUCCCUGCCCAGGGCAGGGGGUGGCACUGGAUGAUCUUUAAAGAUCUCUUCCAACCCACACUAAUCUAUGGCUCUAUGAUCCUAUUACUCUAUUUUCUUAAAUUGAUUUUCCUCCCUGUAUUUUCAGUAAAAGGCCAAGAAGACACUUAGCAAGAGGUUGUCCAUGGAGGAAGGCAAGCCCUGAUCUCUGGAGAGGAACUCGGUCAGCUCUUUGGCUCUUUUACCCGUAAAAUAAAUCAGGAGAGCCCCCUCCGUGCAGGGGCAUUGUUCCUGGGGAGGGUGCGUCACCCCCAGUGUGUUCGGGGGUGCCCCAGGGGAGCCAUUCACAUGAAGCCCAAACAUCUCCUCCUGCCAAAGGAGGCUGGGCACAGCCUGGCUGAACGUGGGGGAAAAUGUGAAAUGUGGCAGCCUUGUCAGGGCAGGUUCAGAAGGGGAAAGCCAUGGGCUCACCCCGGGCUGGACAUCCCUGAGCUGAGCUUUUGCUGCUUUUUGAGCCCACAGCAGAUCCUGCAGUGGCAAACCUUGUGUUCAAAACCUGUUUCUCCUGCCAUUUAUGGGAUGAAAGCAGAAACGGGAUGAAAAGGUCGAUCCUGUUUGAUACUUGCUCCCUCUCUAGCAGCACUGCAUCUGGCUGGUCCUUUUACAUCUGAGGGGAGAACUUUUGGGUGAGCUGCUUCUUCCUGCUCCAAAAGGGACAAGUAAACCAAGCAGGUCAAGCUCCGUCACAGGAGGAGGACAACAGGGUUAAUGCACGUUUCAGCUGCCAAGCCUGAGCACCCUCUGAACAGCUCCAGCAUCGCCCACAGCUCCUGGUGGUGCAAGGAGAGUGGAGUCCUCCUGCAGGGUGGGUAUCUGCAGGGUUUGCUGGUGGCAAACCCCUCUGGGUUGCUCUGCCAUGGGGUGAAUUUUGGCAGGGGCAUUCUUCAUUUCGCUGGCAGAGGUGAAGGCAAGGCAGAGUCCGGCAUUUGGGAGAGCCGAGGUGCAAGAAUCACCCCAGGCACAUGUGUUUGACCAUGAUGGACUAUCGCCCGGUGGCUUGUGCAGCCCUUUCUCUGGAAAGGGGCCCAUGUCUGCUCCACUACGGGGUCUGUGUCCUCCUACAGCUCGCAGCAAAGCCACCCGCCACCAUGGUGCACUGGUCAGCCGAAGAGAAGCAGCUCAUCGCCAGCGUCUGGAGCAAGGUCAAUGUGGAGGAAUGUGGUGCCGAGGCCCUGGCCAGGCUGCUGAUCGUCUACCCCUGGACCCAGAGGUUCUUCGCUUCCUUUGGGAACCUCUCUAGCCCCACCGCCAUCAUCGGCAACCCCAAGGUCCGUGCCCACGGCAGGAAAGUGCUCACCUCCUUUGGGGAAGCUGUGAAGAACCUGGACAACAUCAAGAACACCUACGCCAAGCUGUCCGAGCUGCACUGCGAGAAGCUGCACGUGGACCCCGAGAACUUCAGGCUCCUGGGAGACAUCCUCAUCAUUGUCCUGGCUUCCCACUUCGCCAGGGAUUUCACCCCUGCUUGCCAGUUUGCCUGGCAAAAGCUGGUCGGGGUGGUGGCUCACGCUCUGGCCCGCAAGUACCACUGAGCAUUCCAGGGCCGGUUGUGCGAGGAAGAGUCCCUGCUCCGCCACAAGCACCUCUGAGCAGAAGGAGAUGCCCUUUGGGUACUGACAGGCUGUAGCUACUGAAUAAAACGCCUCCCAGCACCGUGUCUGCAGAGUCUGCCUGCCUCUGGGCUGGGGAAGGUGGGGGCAGGGGAGUUCGUGCUGUCGAAUGCGAUGCCAUCCGCGCGUGGGUGUAUUUCUUGUUUCUAAGGGUUGUUGCAGACAGGGUUUCCCUAACUCGGCAGUGCUCUCUCAUGUGCGCUCCCUGCCAGUGCAUCUGCGGGGGGUCUGUGAGGAGAAAACCCGCCCAAAAGGGCCCUGACACCCCAGAGCGUUUCAAAGAGGGUCACAGGAACAACGAGGGAUUGCAAAGCAUCCAUAUCUGUUCUCCCGGCUCUACUUUA